ACGCUGUGUUGUAGCAAAGUGCUCUGGGAUCGAGAUUAGAAAGGGCCAAAUCCAACAUGGCGGACGAUUUGAAGACUGUGCUCCAGAAAUAUGCUGAAAAAUCCUGUCAAGAUGAUGACCUUGACCCAGAAGACAAGGACGUCUUCCUCGUGUCAGCGCAGAAAUGUCUGGAGAACGGAGAGACCGAUUCGGAAACGCUGCUUCGAGAAGUUUCCAACACAGCAAACGCGGGGUUUAUGUGUGAGGUAGGCUGGGACCUCCUGCCGGUGGUCACACCGUUCCUAACAGCUGGGAAAGCACCGGACACCGUCCAACAACACUGCAGGGGUGUGCUGGGGGCACUGGCUGAGGUGUGCAAGCCUAAGGAGUUUGUCCUGGGGAUUCUGGAGAAGCUGGAAGGACUGGAAGAUGACAACGUCUUCAAGGCUCUGCUGACUCCUUUACAGAGAGUUCUCCAGAGACUGACCGGGAAGAGGGCCCACUGUAUCGGCCUGACGCUGACCACCCUGCACUCCCACCUGACCGAGAUCCCCCUCCCUUCCAAGAACAAACCCCAGGACCCAGAGGAUGAGUCCUGGAGACAGUUUGGUGUGGACAUGAAGGACAAACAUGUGGGCAGACUACUGGACACCACAGAAGCACUCCUGGAGUUUGUUCAACCAUUUGUACAAAUGGCAAGAAAAGACUCUUCCAUAGAGGCAGCUAUGAACAAGGAGGAACUGAAAGACUUGGAGGUACUUAGAAAGGAACUUGUCAAGUUCCUGACCAGACUGUUCAAAUAUCCUCUGGUUUACCUGAACCUGGAGGAACUCCCUGUGAAGGAAGAGGAAGAGACACCAGGGACUGAGGAGACAGGACAGACACAGGAGCCCCAGCAGAACAGAUGCAGGCUCUGUGCCCAAACCAACAUGUCAUACUUACAAGCCCUAGACCCGAGCUUCUCCCGCCUGCUGGGCCUGUGUGACCACUACUGCGGGCCUCCUGACAUGCGCGCCAAGAGAAAAACAAAAUCUGCAGACAAACAACAGGAAGGAGAGGAGAAGACAGAAGAGGAUGAUGGAAAGGAGGAGGCUUCACUGCUGGGACUGUGCUGCUUCAGUUACCUGCUGUUUGUAGAAAACAUCUGUGUGGAGAAGUUGCCUGCUGUGCUAAGCCAUGAGUUCCUGGGAGCCAUACAUAUAGUUCUCAUCUGUGAGGUACUGAAGAAACCACACAGACCUGUCAUCCAUAAGGGUCUGGAGUUGACCAAGAAGCUGCUAGGUAACCUGGAGCCAUUUUCUCUCAGCUAUGAGAUUCUGGAGCUGCAACCGUUCGCAGUGCUACCUGAGUCUUUGAUUCAUGUCAUGGUGAACUGCCCAACCAAAUCUUUGAGAAAGUUAGCCCAUGACCAGUUCACUGCCUAUGUGGAGAAGUUUGACUGGAGGGGGAGGUACCAGUUGCUGAGAGGGCUGAUGGAGAAGACUGAAGGUCAUGCAGGAGUCAUGGGUCUGAUUAUUGGCAAGGUUAAGGACCAGAUAGACACCUGUCUGAAGGAUGAUCCACCCAGUGACUGGUUCACAGGGAACAAGCUGAGCGAGCUGCUGAGGAAGAUACUGCACCUCCCUGAUGGGGCCACAACAGACCUGCUGGACAACAGGGAUUGGAUCAUGCCAGCCCUGAAUCUCCUGCGGUACCUUGUAAUAAGGGACAAGCCUGAUCAAAACCAGACUGGAGUGUGGACAGACUGGCCUGAUGUGGAGAAGGGUUUCCUCCGACAGCUGAGGACUGGAGUCAACCUGUCCAAGUCUCACUUCCAGGAGGAACUCAAGAAAACCAGACUCAAACAGAAAAACACUAAUAAACCAGAAGUGCAGGCUAGCAUAGAAGUGGCCGGAGACAAGAUGCCAGAUAUGCCAUAUGAACAACAGAUCAUGGUGUUGGAAAGCUCGAUGCAGAUGUUCAGUGUGAUUGAGAGUCUUCUUGGAAGAAUUACAGAAGUCACAGAGACAUACAGGACUGGAGAGAAGCCCCAGGGGAAGAUCUACAAACGUGAGACAGACUGGAAGUGUUCGGACUUCCACGCUGCGGAGGAUGAUAAGGACGCGGUGUACAUGACCUGCCCGUGCUGCGGAGAGAAGACCAAGAUGCCGCCGGGCUUCGAACCCCCAAAACCAGGCGAGGAACUCAAACAAUUCGACAUUGAACUGGGCCCCCCUGAUGAUGACCUCCAGUAUCUGUAAGACUAAGAGUGAUCAUAUGAUAAGUAAAGAAUUGUUUUCAGUUGAAAUUUUUUGGUAUCUCAAAAAAAAUGGUUUGUACAUGGGACAUUAACCUUCAUCCAGCUAUGGUAGCCUUUUGGCACCAAAUUUGUAUUGUGUACUGGGUAAUAGACAGCAGGAAGAAGGUUAAAGUACCCGUAGUUUGGGAGACAAAUUCAAAAUGAAUAUGUCAGUUAACUCGAAAUUAAAGAUGUUGACUUCUCCUUUAACAUGUUAGGAUAGUGUAGAUCAUAGUGAGUUAUGGAAAUUUACAAAAAGAGAAAAGGUAUACCUGGGUUGCCAACUGGUUGCCCCAGCCAGAGUUAUUAUGGAGAAUUUACAUGUCUCAGGUUGUAAGG